GAAUAAAAGGAUGUGAAGGUCUUGAAUUUUCCAAAAACAUAAAGCGCGAAUUAAAUAAAAGUGAUGAAUAUAAAAAACUUCUAGUUUUUUUUGAAAAAAUUGUUAGUGCUCUUUGUUAUAUAUAUAAUGAAAAAAGAAAGGACACAGAAGUUUUUAACGAAGAACUUUGUCGGUAUUUGUAUUAUUGGUUAGGUGAUAAAAUAAAUUCUUUAAAAUAUGAUAAGAGAAUCUUCAAACAAAUUAUUAGGAUGAUUUAUGGAGAGCUAAAUAAUAAUACAGAAAUGAUUGUGGUGUGUUCUUAUCAUGACUAUAACAUAUAUGAUCUUGAUAAAUAUGAAACGCAUAAGUUGCUGUUUAAUUAUUCUAAGGAUUUUCAAAAUAUUGAAAAUGAUACUCGUGAUAACCAACGGCCAUGUGAUGAAUAUUAUUACAAAUUCAUAGAAAAAUAUAUUAGUAUAUAUAAGCAGGCUCAUUCAGAAUGCAAAAAUAAAACAAAACACCAAUUUUUUUGUAAUUAUUUUUCUAGAUUAUUCCAGGAAAAUGAAUACAAUAAAUUAUCUUCAUUUACUUGUAUACAACGUGAUAACAUUGAACCAGUCUUAGAAAAACGAAAAGAACAUGAACAUGAAGGACAUGCACGAAAUCAACCUUAUGGUCAUGCUA